CCCAAACCUUACUCGGCUCUGCAAGACUCUGUGGAAGUCCUCGUCCCUGCCAAGUUGCUAACUGGAACUUAUGAAAGGCUCUGGUCGAUUCUCACGACACUUCCCCCCUUUGUUUUAGAGAGAGAGAGAGAGGGAGAGAGAGAGAGAGAGAGAGGGAGAGAGAGAAGUCUUAACUAUUUCUUGUUCAAGAAAGAAUCGACUUGGUCUGUUUGGGGAGAGCAUCUCAAUGAUGAUAAAUGUUCCUUCUCUACAAUACCUUAUUUUUUUAGUUUCUUAUAUUCUGUUCUGCAGAAGCACUGUGUGUGGUCAGCUAUGAAUCAUUGUAUACCUGAUUGGAAUAUUGAGGAUGAUUUCUCAGGGGCCAAUCAGAAGAAAGCUGCGGGGCAAGACAGUGAGCUUGUGGAGCUCUUAUGGAGAAACGGACAAGUUGUCUUACAAAGUCAAACGAAUCGAAAAGCAGUGCCAAGCCACAGUAACGAUCUAAGACAAGUUCAGAAAGAUGAUCACCCACCAUUUAGGGGUGGAGGGUUUUAUGGAAAUUCGAGUACUAUGAUUCAAGAUGAUGAAACUAUCUCUUGGAUUCAAUACCCAUUUGAUGAUUCCCUUGAAAAGGAGUUCUGUUCCAAUUUCCUCAAUGAAUUGGCGCCGUCCAAUCCAGUCGAGGCAGAUAAGCUGACUAAACAAUCUGAAGGAGACAAAUUUGGUGCUUCAGAUGGUACUAAUGUUGUUGUUAAGAAUCCAAGCCUGGAGCUGCCUGGAAAUCCAAUACUUCCUCCAAGAAUUCCAAAUCCUGAUUUUGUUCAUAAGAAUCCUAACUCUGGAGGAUUGGAGAAGUUUGUUGAUUUUUCUAAUAAUUUAGCACCUGCCAGGGAUGAUCGGGGAUCUUUGAAGGGGCAGUUUGGAGCCAAUUCUGCCAAUAUGGUGCAGAAAGAGGCAAAAGAGUCCUUGACAGUGACAGUGUGGUCGAGCCACUGCAGCAGCAACCAAGUUGCAGGUGAGGCAGCUUCGAGCAGUGCUGCAGGUACCUCGUGUUUAUCUGCUGGUCCUGUCAAUGAUGCUCGGAAAAUUAGUCAGCAGUGUGAGACAGGGCGGACGGAGACACUGGAACCGACUGUUACUUCAUCCUCUGGUGCAUCAGAUGGUAGUUUGGGAAAAACGUUCAGGCAAUCUGCAGGCAGCAGUGUUCACAAGAGGAAGAUCAAAGACUCAGAGGAAGCUGAAUGCCAAAGUGAGGCUGCAGAACUCAAGUCUGCUGCAGGAAACAAGCCAGCCCAACCAUCUGGUUCUACCCGCAGAAGCCGUGCGGCAGAGGUGCAUAAUAUGUCAGAGAGGAGACGGAGGGAUAGAAUCAAUGAGAAGCUGAAAGCCUUGCAGGAGCUUAUACCUCACUGUCACAAGUCAGAUAAAGCAUCGAUGCUAGAUGAGGCAAUUGAGUACUUGAAGUCACUUCAGUUACAACUUCAGCUAAUGUGGAUGGGAGGUGGAAUGAUGCCAAUGAUGUUUCCAGGAAUCCAGCAAUAUAUGACCCAAAUGGGCAUGAGAAUGAGUCCGGCUGCAUUCCCUUCUUUUCACAAUCCAAUGCAUUUACCAAGAGUUCCACUAGUUGAUCAGCCAAUACCCAUAACUGCAACACCAAAUCAUGCUACUAUGUUCCAAACACCAGUUUUGAAUCCUAUGAAUCAUGAGAAUCAUAUACGAAGUCCCAAUUUUCAGGAGCAAUAUGCACGUUACAUGGGUUUCCACCAUUUACAAAGUACUUCUCAGCCCUCAAGCAUGUUCAACUUUUGUUCCCAAGCAAUGCAACAGAGUCCAACCACGGCACUGCCUUGCAGUAGCAACGGACCCUCUGUUGGUGGAGCUGCUACAGAUGACGCUUGGAGUGGCAAGUUGGGUAAUGGGUGAGUGUGCAAAAAAGAUUGCUAGAUCUACUCAUGGUCAUCAAGCUGCAUUGAAUAGAUAGAAAGCAUUCCAUGAUGGCAAAAACCAAUGAUUUCUUGGUGCAUAUUUGCUUGAUGAUUAGUAGCUGUGCCCCUUCCCAUUCCCAUUCCCAUUAACCAGAUGGCUGCCCCUUUAUAUAUCUUGCUAAUAGACGGUGGCUAUUUGUGUGUGUAUAUACAUAUCUAUAUUAACACAAGUAGCUGUUACGGUGGUCAAGUCAAGGUUGUUUUAAUCAAGCUCUCUAUGAACUUGAUAUGUAACUUAACAACAUAAUGCACGAGUUAAAAAUCAUAUUUUUAUUUUCAUGCAUGAAAAUUAAGAAGGUUUUUGUUUCU